UAUCCAAGUGUCCGCAUACAUGGCAAAUGAGAAGCCACAGGUGGAGCAUGCCUAUGAUGUAUGGCAUGUAGCAAAGGGAGAAAAAAAGAAGCUAACAAAAGUCGCCAAGAAAAAGAAAUUCAGGAAAAUUCAGCCAUGGAUUGGGUCAAUCAUUAAUCAUAUUUAUUGGGUUGGUGACUCCAGUGAGACUGAGGAUGAAAGAGAGGAAAAAUGGCGCAGUAUUCUAAACCAUAUAAUCAAUGUUCAUGAACAUGCUGGCCAUAAAGUGUUUGUAAAAUGUCUCCAUGGCACAAUUGAAAGAGACUGGAUUAAAAAAGGAUCAGCUGCUCACAAAAAAUUGGAAGAGAUGUUAACAAGGCCACGGCUCAUUUCUGCAAUCCGCAAGUUAUCGAAAUAUCAUCAGACAUCUGGUUUGGAGGCCAAACAUGCUUUAGACAACUUACUGGCCUCAAAGAACACUUAUCAUUCCUAUCAUUCAUUGAGUGCAAGAUUGUACUGUUCAAACUUGCACUACAAUGAAAACAGCAACAGAAAGCAGGCAACAACUGCUGAUGGAAAGCUGAGAUGGGCCAUAUCUUAUCCAAAGGCUUUUAAAGGAGAGAAAGCUGUGGCAAAACCUUUAAAAGAAAAACCGACCUAUGAGUAUGUACAUUUGAUAUUAAGUCAAGUUAUAAAACUCCGAAAGCAGUACCCUACAUUGAAGAAGGCCAAAGAACAUGCAAGCAAUGUACUACCUCCAGAGCCACAAUCACUUGUUCAACAGUACUUGGCAGGAAAGGAGAGACCCUCAAAAGAACAAGUCGUAGCUAACAAGAAGUCACGAUUCAGUAAGCCAGCUUUACCUACAAGUGUAAAAAGAAAAGCUGGUGUCAACCCUUGUGCAUGUAAAGGUAAAUGCGCAACACGAAAAUGUGACUGCAGGGCAGUGGGAACAAUCUGUGAUAAUGAAUGCAAGUGCCAAGAGGCCAAAUGUAUCAAUCGUGAAUGA